CCAUCCGUGCAUUUUCUGUUUUCAUUUAUUCUUAGAUUUUAAUAAACGUCUGCAUGAGAAGUGUAAAUUUUAGUUUUAUAAUAAAACUUUACAAUUGACAGUAUACAGUACAGGAUGGCUGAAUCGCUGUAACUUUGUUAGCUAUUUUUUCUAAAGUAAUAGCUACAAUGUUUGUAUGGAUUAGUUUCAUAAAAUUUAUUCAAUUUCGAUUUAACGUAUUAUGUGUAGUGCUUAGUUAACUUUAAGUUCUAAUAAUUAAAUUUCAUGUAUAGACGUGUGCCUAUAUCACCAAGCUUAAGAAAUAUGUAUUUAUGAUUUUGAAGCAUUGAGAAAUGUAUUUAUGAUAAUACAUUAAUGCUAUUCAUUUUUAUAGUUUUUUAGAACUUAAAAUUGACUGUAAAUUUCCGGUACCAAAUGUUUUUUCAAGAUACUCAACGUGGAUGGACUGACGAUUUACCUGUUUGUAAACAAUCUGGCAUCGGUCAAUCAACAAAUCAAACCUACAGAGAAGGUGGAUUUCGACAAGAAGAACAUACAUUCGAAGACAAAAGUUUUCACUGCAAGUAUGAUGAUUCUACCUUUUUAUAUGCAGUAUUCGAUGGCCAUCAAGGCUCCAAAGCAGCUACUUUUGCUAUGCAACGAAUGGCUGCAGAGAUACUUUUGGGUCAGUUGAAUGGCAAAGGUAGUGAUGAAGAAGUUAAAGAUGUUUUAAGACAAGCAUUCAUAACAGUUGAACGUGGGUAUAUGGAUUCUAUAGGUGAUUUGCUAGCAGAAAGAGCCAGUUUACAAUUUGAUAUUCCAGAAGGUUUAAACUGUUACUUACCAGGAGCUUAUCAAAAUUUUCCUAAUUUGGAAGAGAAAUUUAAAUGGUUGAAUUUUGAAUUGUCUUCUGGUACCAGUGCUGUGGUUGCCUUAAUUUACAAUAACAAAUUGUAUGUUGCUAAUGUUGGUGACAGCAGAGCUUUACUAUGCAAAACAGACAGUAACCAAGUACUAAGAGUUGUUCAAUUAAGUAUUGAUCAUGAUUUGAAUAAUGAAGAUGAAUUAUUCAGAUUAUCUCAACUUGGUUUAGAAGUGAUGGCAAUCAAAGAAGGAGGGCACUUAGGCAAUCAAGAAAACACACGAUGCUUAGGAAACUAUUCAGUGAAAGGAGGUUACAAAGAAUUUAAAGAAUUAUUUGCAGCCAUUUCUGAACCAAUAAUAGCAGAACCAGAAAUUCAUGGAGGAAUUGAAUUGGAUGAAUCUUGCAGAUUUUUAUUACUCAUGUCCAAAGGCCUGUACAGAUCAUUGGAAGCCACAACAGGGACUGAUCAAAUAAACAAAAACUUAGCAUCUAUGAUUGUAGAAGAGUUCAGAAUACAAUCUACACUAACAAGUGUAGCUCAGGCAGUAGUAGAUAAAAUUGUGCGACUACACCAUGAUGAAUUCAUGAGAAAUUCAAACAACUCUUCAACAAACGGCAAACACGAUGACAUAACGCUUUUAAUUCGUAAUUUCAACUAUCCACUGCCAAAUGCUCUCAAAAGUCCUACAGUGCCUCCAUUGAUUAAUUUCAAUCAAAUUGAACAUACAAUGAGUACAACUACAGAGAAUGUUGUAUCAACAACUGAUAAUACUUCAACAAGUGACACUGAGAUGGAUGAUACAAGGCCAACAAAGAAUGUAAAUAAAAAAAUUCAAUCCUACUGUGAUUUUAGUGAAUUUUAUGAAAAAUUUGAGAAGAAAAAACGAGAAGGUACUUUACCUAAAUUACCUGAUGGGUUUGAAUGGUAAAAUUCAAAUUGGUAGUAAUUAACCAAAUAAUUUAAGAUAUGCCUUAUAAAUGAAAACAUGUAAUGUUCUAUUUAAAAGUAUUCAUCGCUUCUCAUGUCUUAUUUUUGAUAGUUUAUAUGAUAUUUUAAAUCUACCAAUGAUUCUUUAGUUUAAUUAUUCUUAUGUAAACUAGAGACUCCAUAGGUACUUGUAAUUUCUAUUCAUGUUGAUUUAAAUUAAUAUUUAUUUUAAAAUAAUGUUCAUAGUGUAUGAAAGUUGAACACAAGAUAACAAAGACAUUUAUUAUAAUAACAUAU